AUGACGGAAUCCUACACCACCACGGACCUGCAAGGUGUCCUGCCCCUCAUCGCGCGAGGCAAAGUCCGCGAUCUAUACGAGGUGGACUCGAAGACUCUCCUCUUCAUCGCGACGGACCGCAUCUCCGCCUACGAUGUGAUCAUGCAGAAUGGCAUCCCCAACAAAGGCAUCCUGCUGACGCUGUGCACGCGCAAAUGGUUCGAGAUCCUGACGACGGCGCUGCCGAGUCUCCGCACGCACUUCCUGACGCUGGACCUGCCGGCGCAGAUCCCGGCGGCGCUGCGGCCGGCGCUGCAGAACCGGAGCAUGCAGGUGCGCAAGCUGCGCAUCCUGCCCAUCGAGGCGAUCGUGCGCGGCUACAUCACCGGCUCCGCGUGGAAGGAGUACCAGACGCACGGCACGGUGCACGGGCUCGCCGUCCCCGCGGGUCUGCGCGAGAGCGAGGCCUUCCCCGGCGGGCCGAUCUACACCCCCAGCACCAAGGCGGAGCUGGGCGCGCAUGAUGAGAAUAUCCAUCCGGAUCGGGCCGUCGAGAUCGUCGGCGAGCCGUACGCGUCCACCAUUGCGUCGCUGUCGGUGCAGCUGUACAAGAUCGCGCACGAGUACGCGCUGACGCGCGGCGUGAUCAUCGCCGACACCAAGUUCGAGUUCGGCGUCGAUGAGGAGACCGGCGAGGUGGUGCUGGCCGAUGAGGUGCUCACGCCGGACUCGUCGCGGUUCUGGCCCAAGGACUCGUACGAGGUCGGCCGGGGCCAGGCCAGCUUCGACAAGCAGUUCCUGCGGGACUGGUUGGUCAAGGAGGGCUUGAAGGGGAAGGAGGGCGUGGCGAUGAGCGAGGAGGUCGUGCAGCAGACCAGUGAGAAGUACCGCGAGGCGUGGGAGCGGAUCACGGGUGGGGAGAACUGA